GGCAACAUGGAUUUUCUCUCGAUGAAGCCUGUGCGUAAUGGCGAUUUUUACGCCACGGUACCAGCAAUUGUGAACUGACGCCACGACGUUGACCGUUUUUGCGAUUACACCUAGUGUCAAUAAGCAGCUUUGCUUUGGACACACUGCACGGUGAGCAAGAUGGAAGACACGGAUGGUAUUGCGCCAUCCCUUUUUCCAGUGUCUGUGACGAAGGACAGUGGGCCUGGUCCACAGACAACUAGUGGGGAUCUGACAAUUGAGGGCGCUGUCACCACUGUUGGGGAUGUGAUAGUAGCAGAUGCCACUGGUGGAGAUCUGACAGCAGAGGGCGCUGUGAUAGUACAGGGCAUCAUGACUGACAGUGGAUUCAUGUCUUCCGAGCUAGCAUUGCAGAUUAGUCAGGCAGGGGGGCAAGUCGUUGCCGCUACUGAGACCCUGACCACCGAUUCCCAGCCCAUGAUAGUGCACAGUGCUGUGCUGGGUACCAGCUCUGAGGUCAUGGCGCCAGACAACCAAUUGGCAGAGACCAUCGUGCAAGAUCUACCAGGGGACAACGUAACCAGUGCAACUGCAGAGGGCCCAAACGUGCAGGAAGAAGAUGGUUUCCAACAAGAGGGUGUGGUCAGCCAAGACACAGUGGAGGGAGGUGUUCGGGUAGACAGUGCCCCUGACCAGAUACAAUCACAUGGUGUGAGUGACGGGGAUGAGGUCUUAAACGAGGUCCAUCAGAUACCAGACGAUAAAUUACUAAUGUUCGUGCAGGAAGACACAAAUGUCGUCAUGGAAGCACAAGAUAAGGCUGCUGAAGAUGACAGUUUCCCUGAGGCUCCACCUAAGCAAGAGACAGAGCCAGGAAACAAGGAUGUGAGCCAAGGAACGAAGGAAGUCAUCUUUGUUUGCAUUCAUGGCCAGUCUUUCCGAUGUAAGCCCCAAGCUGGCAUCCCAGUGGGAGACCCCGUCAUGGAGGUUCCGGAAGACAGCUGUGCUUGCAGUAAGAUCAAGAAGUCCCAGGCAGCAUCCAAGAAGCCUCCCCGAUUGGCAGUGGUCAAAGGCGGCAAGCUGGCCCGCAAACUCCGCAACAGGAAACAACUCUACACCUGCGACAUGUGCGAGAGCAGGUUCAGCAACAAGGGAGCCUUAGACCUUCACAUGGCUGCUCACGCAGAGGACAAUGAGGAGGAUAAAGAAAGUGAAGAGGAAAUGGAGACGAUUCAAGAAACAACCGGGAAAAAGUCCAAGGAGGUAGCAACACCAGGGAAAGCCCAGCAACAGAAACAGACACAGCAAGCAAAAACCUGCCCAGAUUGCGGAAAGGUAUUCUCCAGGCUUUCUGCUCUAGCUGCUCACAAGCGACAGCAUAAGAAGAAAACCCUGAAAAAGGAUGGGGAGAAUUCCAGCAAACAAGAGGACAAGACCAAAAGCCUGACAUGUACUGUGUGCCAGAAGUUGUUUACCCGGUUGUACGAUGUCGAACGUCACAUGGAGACACACGUGGACAGCGACCGAAGAAAAUGCACCUGGUGCAGCAAAACGUUCCACACUAUCAAGAGCAAGGAGCGACAUGAGAACCUGCACUGUAAACAAAACAAGCAGAACAAGUGCAGCACCUGCGAUUUGGUCCUGAGCAGUAAAUUCAAGCUGCUUCGGCACGAACGGGAGCACCUCACCUCUGAUCAGAUUAAAAGUCUGUCCUGUAAAAUUUGCAUGAAGGCCUUCACAAAUCUGCGGAGCCUGAUGCGACACGAAAGGCUGCAUUACAGAGAGAAGGGGACUCUCAUAAAUUGCAACCACUGCCCCGAGACAUUCGAAGAUAGGUUCUCCUACAAUGCCCACUUGAAGACCCAUGACGUGAGAAUCUAUCAGUGUGACUUAUGUGGCAUGAAGUUCAAGCAUGAGUACCUUCUGAAGGUCCACAUUAAGCGCAUGACCUGCCAGAAGACGCGGGAGAGCCUGCGUGACGUCCAGUGCAGCAUCUGUCAGAAGACAGUCAAGGGAACAGCCACGCUGAAGCGUCACAUGCGCACCCACACCAAAGAGAAACCCUACCCCUGCCGCAUUGGCUGCAAUUCUUCCUUCUCUAGCACCAGCAAUCGCCUGAGCCAUGAGCGCAUGUACUGCAAACUGAGCCCCGAUUACCUCUGCACCCAUUGUGGGGAGGUGUUAUCCAACCAGGCUAGGUUGAUCUACCAUGAGAGCAAAUACCACGGCGUUGGUCCACUUGUACGUGGCCAACGGAUAUCAAAUGCCGAAUACCCCUGUCGACACUGUGGCAAGGUUUUCUUCUUCAAAGGAGGACGCAAACGCCACGAGCGCAUCCACCUUGACGAGAAGCCUUACAUGUGUCAGUUUUGCCCCAAGGCCUUCGUGCAUGCCAGCGCCCUCGUCUGUCACGAACGUGUCCACACCAAAGAGCGACCUUACAUUUGCGACGAGUGUGGCAAGGCCUUCUCCCAAGCCACCCACUUGAAGACCCACAUACGCGUCCACACCAAAGAAAAGCCGUACCAGUGCCGCUUCUGCGACAAGGCCUUCUCUCACAUGGGCACCAGGAAGAGCCAUGAGGGGACCCACAAAAACACCCGGGAACCCCAAGCACAAACAAGUGUGCAUGUACCUCAAGAACAGGUGGCAGCUAUCCAGAUGACCCCUCAGGAGCAUCACGUGGUGAUACAUCCAGAGAUGAAGGUCAUCCAUCACGAGACUGUUGGCGAGGAGCCAGUACAGCACAAGAUUCAUGUCAGUCAUCAUGAACACGAGGUGCAAGCUGCUGACGUCAUCUUGCAGUUGCUCGAGAGUGGGAGUAGAGUAUCAAACUUUGAAGGACUGGUACACAUAGCUUCAUCCUAAUCACUGCACAUCUGUAAAAUGACAAUUUGUGGUUUUCAUAUGGUACAGAGGGCAUCUCUUUAACUUGGUAAGCCGCAACUGUCCUAAAUUCAUUCAAAUCUGCCUCAGGUUUAGAGUACAUUUAUUUAAAUGGAUUCUAGGCUUCUCAACGUAAGGCC